GAAGCGAUCAUGUGUCAGAAGUGAAAGUGAAAGAAGGAUCUUCUGCAGUUUUGGGCCUUAAAAGCGCUGACGCACCGACUCUUUGUAUAAAGCCGAGACGAGUAAACUUUCAAAAGCAGUGUUUAGAAAGAGCUUUACUCCAGACUGAUUGUUAGAGCUGUGCAGUGGUACAGUGUGCAGGUGAAAGAUGCUAAACACAUCGACAAAGACACUGACCGGAGGAUUCUCUUUUGAGAACACACGCAGAAAUGCUGUUCUUGAAGCAAAUUUAUCAGAGAAGGGGUACAGUGCGCCAAACGCCAGGAAGACUGGUACCACCAUCGCUGGCCUGAUAUUCAAAGAUGGAGUUAUUUUAGGUGCAGACACCAGAGCCACAGAUGAUAUGGUCGUAGCUGAUAAAAACUGCAUGAAAAUCCACUACAUAGCUCCCAAAAUCUAUUGUUGCGGUGCAGGUGUUGCGGCUGAUGCUGAGGUCACAACUCAGAUGAUGUCAUCAAAUGUGGAACUGCAUUCACUCAGCACAGGACGACCUCCUCUUGUCGCCAUGGUGACCCGACAGCUCAAACAGAUGCUGUUUAGGUAUCAGGGGCACAUUGGUUCUUCUCUAAUUGUUGGAGGUGUGGAUAUUAAUGGCCCACAGCUCUAUAGCAUCUACCCUCAUGGUUCCUAUGAUAAGCUUCCUUUCCUUACAAUGGGGUCUGGAGCAGCUUCUGCCAUUUCUGUAUUUGAGGAUCGUUACAAGCUAAAUAUGGAGCUGGAGGAAGCAAAGCAGCUGGUGAGGGAUGCCAUCACUGCAGGCAUCUUCUGUGAUCUGGGUUCUGGCAGUAAUGUAGACCUGUGUGUGAUCACAGAGAAAACUGUGGAUUAUCUGAGAGCAUAUGACCAGCCCGUUCAGAAAGGAUUGAGGGAGGGUACGUACAGAUACAAGCCAGGCACUACUGCUGUGCUCACAAAAACAGUGACUCCAUUAACGCUGGAUGUUGUGGAUGAAUCUGUCCAAGUGAUGGACACAGAAUGAGACAUAAAGAACAUUUGUGCACUCUUUGCUUCAGUCAUUGGAAAAUAUGAGGGAUGUGUGUAGUUCAAAAAUUGAGAUUAAGGAAAGAAAAGAGAUGUUUCCCUUUUUGGUUAAAAAUGUUUUGGUACCUUUCCCCUGUAUUCAAUCAUUUGCAUUUGAGCUGCUCAAAACUGUUUUGCAAAAAGAGAGAUUUGUGUAGUUUUAUAGUUCAUUUAAUAAAAUUUAAGAAAAAAAGGAAAAAGUGUCAUUUUUGUCAUGUCAGAGUGACAUUUUUAAAGCUGAACUAUCAUUCAUUUGUUGGAUGCAAAGGCAAAAUGAUACCAUUAGUCCACAUUUAUGAAUAUUAACCAAUAAAAGGCUUUAUAGAUU